UCGAUCACAGAAUAAGAGUAAAAACAAUUCACCCGAGAGUAAAUUGUGCGUAAACGACAUGCAACGUGCAGAGAUUGAAAUUAUCAAACAAUUGCAAGCAUCGUCAUUUAACGAAGAAAUAGUUGUUUUACAAUCGAUUGGUGUAGGUAAAACCUAUGAAGAUAGACAUUCAACCCGAAUUCGAAAUGUUAAAUUGAAACAAACGUCAUCAUUAUACAAGUUAGACCCGUUUCUAGAUUCGGAUGGAAUUAUUAGAGUUGGUGGUCGUAUUCGACGAGCCGAGUAUAACUUAGCAGUUAAACAUCCAGUGAUCAUUCCAAGACAUUCACACGUAACAGAACUAAUCAUACGACAUUUCCACGAGAAAGCCGAACACCAAGGAAGAGGCAUGACAAUAAAUGAAAUACGUGCGAACGGAUUUUGGAUAAUUGGUUGUAGUACUGCCGUUUCUAAAUAUCUAUCAACAUGCGUUACUUGUAGAAAACAUAGAAGUAAUACUCAAGAACAGAAAAUGGCUGACUUACCGAUUGACAGACUUCAUCCGGUACCGCCUUUCACUUAUAGCGGAGUUGAUUUGUUUGGACCGUGGUACAUUAAAGAAGGACGUAAAGAACUUAAACGCUAUGGUGUCUUGUUUACGUGUCUAUCAUGCCGAGGAGUACAUAUAGAGACAGCAAAUUCUCUUGAUACCAGUUCAUUCAUAAACGCGUUGCGUAGAUUUAUAGCCAUACGUGGCCCUGUAAGACAUCUAAGAUCAGAUAGAGGAAGCAAUUUUGUAGGUGCGGAACGAGAAUUGCGGGAAGCUUAUUCAGAAAUGGACGAUAAAAGUAUAAGACAAUUUCUUUCGAAUGAAGGGUGUGAUUUUGUAGAGUUCAAAAUGAAUGUCCCAUCUGCUAGUCAUAUGGGUGGAGUUUGGGAACGCCAAAUCCGGUCAGUUAGAAAUGUUCUUGCGUCACUAAUGCAUCAAUCUGGUACACAAUUGGACGAUGAAUCUUUGAGAACUUUUAUGUGCGAAGCCGCAGCAAUUGUGAACAGCCGUCCUUUAACUCUUGAUAAUUUGAAUGAUCCCUUAUCAGAGGAACCCCUAACGCCGAAUCAUAUACUUACGAUGAAGUCGAAGAUUAUUCUUCCUCCGCCUGGACAAUUUCAAAGAAGUGAUAUUUACUCUGGAAAACGCUGGAGGCGAGUUCAGUUCUUAGCAAACGAGUUUUGGAAUAGAUGGAGAAAGGAGUAUUUGUCUAAUCUACAAUCUAGAAAGAAGUGGACUGCUCCGAGACGAAAUUUGAAAGUCGGCGAUAUAGUAAUAAUCAAAGAUGAACAAGCCGCGCGAAAUCAGUGGCAUCUUGGGAAGAUCAACACAGCACACGUAGAUGAGGAUGGGCUUGUUAGAAAAGUGCGGGUUACGAUAGGUGCUCAAAUUGACAAUAAUGGAAGGAGGAAGUCACCUCUUCAGGAAUUAGAUAGGCCGAUUCAGAAAUUAGUGUUAAUAUUAGAAGUAGGGGAAACCGAGGAAGUCCCCAUCGAGGAGCUUGAUGACAUUUAGGAUGCGAUGUCCAUAAUGGUAGUAUAGUGGAUAUAAGACUUUUUGAUAUUUUGAAAAAUUAAACAUUAAUUUUGGGGAGCCAUGUUACCGUCGUACAUUGAUUAAGAGUAAGAUACAUAUUACGAUUAGAAGCUAAGUAGUAAAUCGGCGUUUCUUUCCCCGAUACAUCAGAUUCCUGUAAUCGAAUCACGAUGCUACACAAAUUUUGACAUGUUAAUGGCCCAAAGAGUUCUUACGUAAACCUGCGUAACAACGUAUACUAGUCCAUGAACUUUGUAUAAUGUUAGACAACUGGGUGAAUGUAUGCGAUGCACUGUAUGUUUAUUUGACAAUUGCGACAUGAAUAAAGUAUCAGAACUUUCA